CAAUGUUCAUAUUAUCAUUGAUUCACAUGUGUGAAAAAUUAAAUGUCAUCUAAUCUCGAGCACGUGCCUCACAGAACAUCAGGCCAGCACAGUAGUUUAAUCAAUCGCCAGUGUGCUCAGGUAGUGAAAAUGAUUAAUUCAGUGGGUAAAAUAUGAGAAUAAUAAAUUAAUAAAGUAUAACGCACGUGGUCAUCGAAUGUCGUCCAUAUUUCAACCUCCGUAAUUUCGCGCUUUGGAGCAGCUGCUAAUGCGCGUUGAAUUGAAAGCAACGAAUUCGUUGAUUGAAACCAAGAAAGAUGGCGGAUUGUGAAAAAGAGGAGGCUCAUAAUCUCCAAAUGGAGUUUGAGUGGGUGCUUCACGAGGAAGUACAUUCGUCGCUCUCCCAGUUGCGCAACAUUCUGAUGGAUUGUGCGCAGAGGUUUCCAUUGGCUCUUUUUGGAAAUGAUCAACCAUGCAAGACGGAUAGAUUUGUUUUUACAGCACCACAUGACCAAGUAAAAUGUGUGAUAGUAUUGACUGGGGAUAGUAUUACAAAUGCCGAGGUGAAUUUCAAGGUUCAGCGGCAACAAAAUGCCAAUAUGCGGACUAGUAUACAAAACGAUCAUCCCUGGAAACUUCAACAGAUUCAAGAUGCUGCUAAUCAUUUACAGCAGGCUAUCGCUCACAUAGAUAAUGUUGACCGUCAUUAUCUAUUUAAAACCUCAGAUGAAGUUAUGCACAUCCUGGGGAACAUAUUAGGAUGCCUACAGCGUAGUAGAACCAGUUUAAUCGUCCCAAGAAAAAAGACCAUUGAUGAUCUUAUCAAAAGUCGCAAUAUGAAAUCCUUAACACCCAAUCUGCCGGACAACUUGGCCAUCAGUUUUUACAUACAAAGUUAUAAAUUAGUCCUAGCCGUUUACCAAUUGGAAAAUGCACAUGGUAGCGUUAAGUAUGAAACACAUCAGGCGGAGUGCAGCGUACCAUGGCUCAAUGAAGCAUUGGUCUUACUCACCAUAGCCUUGCAGCUUUGCCAAAGAUUGAAAGAUAAGAUCUGUGUUUUCUCCCAGUACAAGGACUUCACAGUUGGAUCUCGCGUGCCCUCAGCAAUGGAAUGGUAACGUUGAAAAAUGAUUUUAAUCGCAGAAACCAUGUUAUUGAUCUUUGGAGGUAUUUUAGAGCAUUGAUUUUUAACCAUUGAGUAUGUUACCGCUGGCGAGCUAUCACUGUUGAGCACACUUUUUGCUGUGCGUAUGUAUUUGCAUACUAUGGAAAUACUUAAAUUUUAGUAAGAUGAUAUUCCUAUUUGAAUUCGAUUUUAUGAAGAGUUUUAUUUUCGCAUCGACCGACUCACCCACUCAAAAGCAUUUGGAUUCGGAUACGUGUUUUUUAAACGUCCCGUUACGUUCAGAAUCGAUCUUAGUUCCGCCGAAUUUCCGAUUCGACAGUUUUAACUUAGUUCUUAUGUUACCCUCUUCUUAAUUCAACGCCACCUCGCUGGAACAGUUUUGUUAUUGCAAACUACUAAGUAGCUCUUGUUACUUAUAAUAUCCCAUUUGUAAAUUGUACGUUAGGAGUUUACGACUAGAAUUGUUGGUAGUGGGGCUAGACUUGUUAUCAUAGAAUAGUCAUUUUUGCACUAAGUAAAACUUUAAUCCGGUAUUAUAAAUGUUUGAUAGAUAAAGUAAUUUGACUAUCACCGCCAUUGAAUGGUCAGUCAUGAAAAUUCUGAAUAUUGAAGGAAACAAAAUGAUAAUAUUAAUAAUAAAUUCAACGGUAAUCGUAUCGGGGAGGGAAAUCCCGGAGCUACGGAAUGUCGCCUGAAUAUUUAAGACGACGGUCUCAACCAACCGCCGAUAAAAUUAACUAGUACACUUGGCCAAUUAUUUACGUGCCUGAUCGAUUAUUUUAUUUAAGCAGUAUUGUAUUUAUGUAUCAGUUCCGGGUUAGUAUAUAUAACUAAGUUAUAUCCAAAUGUUAGUUUUUAGUGAAUUGUAAAUGUAAACUUAUAUUAUCAUAUCUCAUAAUCGAAUGGUAGUUGAAUUAUAAUUCGACGUACAUCACGGUAUAGUGGAAGAAAAUGAAAAGUGAAAGCGAAAACCUGACCAACGACACGAUACUUUUAGCAAAUUGAAAAAUGGAAAGAAAGAAAAAAUCAUGUAUACACGAUAUCCAAUAUUAUGUAAAUAGUAUUAUUAUGAUUGUUUUUAUUAUAAUUGUUGCGAUUACCGUGGUAUCAUGCUAACUAAUUGCCGUAUUAUACAAAUAAAUGUACGUAUACGUAAGAGUUUAUAUAGUUUGUAAUAGAUGAAGAUUUAUUAUUUUAUUUUUAUUUAAAAUCGCAUCACCUAGGAGAGUGCCUUAUGGCUCACCGCAGGUUUAUUACUUAUUAUAUUACCCGUGCUCAUUGGUGCUCGCGUAAUGGUAUUUCAUAGAAAUUCGAUGAAUUUUGCGUGUAUGUGUGCAUUUCAAUAAUGAUUGUUACGUUCGAUAACAAGAAUAAAAAAAAUUUAUAGAACAAAACAAAAUAUAAAUGAAUUCAUAUGAAUUGCGAUUACUGCAAACGUACGAAUAGUACACUAUCGUAUUGUGCUGAAUGUGAAUCUUUCGUGCUAUUUUAUUUGUAACCUAUAUUUUUAAAUCAUCAUCCAUUGAUUUUGCUAUUUUGUUUUAUUUUCUCUUAUCGAAUACCUAUGUCAAAGACAACGACGCGCGUUGUUAACAGUCAUCGGCUAACUUUUAAUAAAUAUACAAUCGAACAAGUCGAAUACAGUUUAUAUCCUGACAAUAAAACUAAUGAGUGUGUUCGAUGUCUUAGUAAAUAAUCAGCCAAUCAUGACAACUGUCGUGUCGAAUAUCAUUCAGAAUUACAUGUACCUUAUCGUUACCAUGUUCUGAAAAUGAUGUAAUUGUUAACCAACUAUAUCUCUAUACAUGUACACACCGCGCUCCAUUGUAUGUAUUUGUAUUGUAGAAAGAACCAACUUACGUUAGAUCAAUUCAAUGUAUUUAUUGUUAAACAGCGCAGUUUUCGAAGCAAUAAACUGUAAUAGUUAAUCAUA